GAAGGGCUGAGUUCGAGCUUUACCAGAAGUCGUGAGGAUGUCGCGGUGAUCAAGAGGCAACUUGUGCGACAAUGAGCCACCAUCAAUGACGGGAAUUACAGGUUCAAUGCUGUCGCAUGUACGCUUCCGCGGAUGGAACGACGAGGUCGCUCGGCAAUAUAUUGCAUUCAAACAGAACUCUAGCGAAGAGGAAUUACAAUUCUGGUGCGACAAUCCUUGCAAUGAACUAUCUCGCCAAUUGUUCUGGACGGCACGUGCGCAGGUACUCCAUCCGACUUGGAUCGAGUAACAUAUCCAGAGACAGCUGCGCUACCUGCAUCCCACCCUCUCUCCCAGCACGCCCGUGCAUUUGCUGAUUGUCGGUGGAAGCCCCCAGGAUUACCCCAAACCUCAGCUGGAAGCUAUCUUGGCGAGCAGCCAG